AUGGCCCUGGUUGCAUCUUUCAACAUGACCAAUCCACAGCCUGCCACAGAAAGAGGACUUUCCGAAGUUGAGAUCAUCUCCCAACAAGUAGACGAAGAAACCAAGAGCAUUGCUCCCGUGCAGCUGGUGAACUUUGCCUAUCGCGACUUGCCGCUGGCUGCCGUCGACCUCUCCACAGCGGGCUCGCAGCUCCUGUCAAAUCUGGACGAAGAUUACCAAAGAGAAGGGUCUACCUGGCUGAAGCCGUGCUGUGGGAAGAGAGCAGCCGUGUGGCAGGUAUUUUUGCUCAGUGCGAGUGUCAACAGUUUCCUGGUAGCCUGUGUAAUAUUGGUGGUGAUUCUCCUGACUCUGGAACUUCUAAUAGAUAUAAAGCUUCUCCAGUUUUCCAGCGCAUUCCAGUUUGCUGGCGUGAUACACUGGAUCAGCCUGGUCAUCCUGUCGGUGUUCUUCUCAGAGACUGUUCUUCGGAUUGUGGUGCUCGGGAUCUGGGAUUACAUUGAAAACAAGAUAGAGGUGUUUGACGGGGCAGUGAUCAUCCUGUCCUUGGCCCCGAUGGUGGCGUCCACUGUGGCCAAUGGGCCCCGGAGCCCCUGGGAUGCCAUCAGCCUCAUCAUUAUGUUCCGGAUCUGGCGGGUGAAGAGGGUGAUUGAUGCCUACGUCCUGCCGGUGAAGGUGGAGAUGGAGAUGGUCAUCCAGCAGUAUGAGAAGGCCAAGGCCAUCCAAGACGAGCAGCUGGAGAGACUGACGCAGAUCUGUCAGGAGCAAGGGUUUGAGAUCCGACAGCUGCGGGCGCACCUGGCGCAGCAGGACUUGGACCUGGCGGCGGAGCGCGAGGCGGCGCUGCAGGUCCCGCAUGUGCUUAGCCAGCCGCGCAGCCGCUACAAGGUGGUGGAGGCCGGCACGUGGGCCGAGGAGACGGCGGCCGAGAGCGUCGUGGAGGAGCUGCAGCCCGCGCAAGAAGCCACGGUGAAAGAUGACAUGAACAGCUACAUCAGCCAGUACUACAAUGGGCCCAGCAGUGACAGCGGCGUCCCAGAGCCAGCUGUGUGCGUGGUCACCACGGCCGCCAUCGACAUCCACCAGCCCAACGUCUCCUCUGACCUCUUUUCCAUCGACGUGCCCCUGAAGCUCGGCAGCGAUGGCACCGGUGCCAGCGCCAGCUCCGAGAGUGCCACCCGCUCCACGCGCAGCUCCGGCACCCGGGCCCAGAGUGACAGCAGCCAGACGCUGGGCUCCUCCACGGACUGCAGCGCCGCCCGCGAGGAGCCGUCCUCCGGGCCCAGCCCCUCUGCCCUGCCGCCGCCCCCGCCGCCAUCUCAGCAGCAUACGGCAGAGGCCACAGUCCAGGACCUGUUGUCCCCCCUGUCGGAGGACCCCUGCCCCUCCCAGAGGGCCUUGGACUCCGCCCCCCUUGCCCAGUCCAGCCCAGAGGGCUCGGCCCAGCCCAGCCCUGAGCUGGAGCACAGGGUGAGCCUGUUUAACCAGAAGAACCGGGAGGGCUUCACCGUCUUUCAGAUCAAGCCUGUCAUCCAUUUCCAGCCGGCUGCGCCUGUGCUGGAGGAGAAGUUCAGAUCUUUGGAAUCCAAAGAGCAGAAGUUGCACAGGGUCCCUGAAGCCUAG